CUCGCGAGAUUUCGCAAAGGCCUCCCUUUUCCGUCUGAGCUGCCGACAUGCCAUCCAGACUGAGGAAGACCCGGAAACUUCGGGGCCACGUGAGCCACGGCCACGGCCGCAUCGGCAAGCACCGGAAGCACCCAGGAGGCCGGGGUAAUGCUGGUGGCAUGCAUCACCACAGGAUCAACUUCGACAAAUAUCACCCAGGAUACUUUGGAAAAGUUGGUAUGAGACAUUACCACUUAAAGAGGAACCAGAGCUUCUGCCCAACUGUCAACCUUGAUAAACUGUGGACCUUGGUCAGUGAGCAGACACGGGUAAAUGCUGCCAAAAACAAGACUGGAGCUGCUCCUAUCAUUGAUGUGGUGCGAUCGGGCUACUACAAAGUUUUGGGAAAGGGAAAACUCCCAAAACAGCCUGUCAUCGUGAAGGCCAAAUUCUUCAGUAGAAGAGCAGAGGAGAAGAUUAAGGGUGUCGGGGGCGCCUGCGUUCUAGUAGCUUGAAGCCACAUUUGAGGGCGUUCAUUAAAUGCUAACAAGUGCUUUUCUCUUCUG